AUGCCUUCUCAAAAUACCUCCGCCCCGCUCAAGGCCCGAACCCGAGCCAAACAGGCGUGUCUCCACUGCAACCGCCGCCGCAUCCGCUGCAACGUCCAGGAGACGCGCCCGUGCCACAACUGCAUUGUCACAAACGUUCCCUGCACAAUUGGCGUGUCGAAACGGGGAAAGACCGCGACGCCUUCACAUACACCCUCGCCGUCGUCCCACCUCGCAGACAACAAAGUAUCCUUGUCACUACCAAACGACCAGCACAGUCUAGCACAGAGAGAUCCCCUCGGCAACCUCACGACCCCGCCGAUAUCCGAGCAAGCAGACUACUCGCACCAGACCGUCUUUCUGGGCGAGUCCAGCCCCCUCACCGUCGUCAUCGACGAGGGUCGCCACUCAUCCCCGAACACAUCCACCACAACCACGACCACCACCAUCCCACCACCCCGUCUCUGCUACCCCAUCCCGGGGCGCUCAAAUGUCUCGCGCGCGCGCGACGAAGCCCUCCGCGCCUGCAAGCUGCGAACGGAGCACCACCUUCGAGCAGACGGCGCAUUCUCCUUCCCCCCACCGAGUACCUGUGCACUCCUGCUACAAGCGUACUUCAACUGGUUCCACCCGUGCUUCCCCAUCCUUGACCGGGCGGAUGUGCACCUUUCCUACCACCAGGAAAACCUCUCACCCUUGCUCUUGCACGCCAUGCUGUUUAUCGGUGUUAGUCUCUGCCCCGACGAUGCCUUGGCGCAGACGGAAUUUGUGGAUCGCCACUCAACCAAGUUUCUCUUCUACAGUCGCGCGAAAGCACUCUAUGAUGAGGACUGGGAGGGGGACAAUACAGUGAAGCUGCAGACGUUGUUUCUGCUCAGCUUCUGGCGGGGAGGGCCGUCCGAAGAGCGGGAUAUCAGGUUCUGGUUGGGGAUCGCGAUCAGUCUGGCGCAGAAGCGGGGGAUGCAUGUGAUGGCGAAAUUCUCGCUUCGGUCGGCCAAGGAAGAGAGGCUUUGGAAGCGGAUCUGGUGGGCGCUUUAUACACGCGAUCAGCAGAGUGCCGCCGCACUGGGUUUGCCGCCGCGCAUCCGAGACGAAGAUUGUGAUGUUGCUAUGCUUGCGCCGGAUGAUGUUCGAGAGACCGAGGUGCUGGAUGACACGUCUGUGUUCGGGAUGGAACUGGUGGGAGAUGUGGAGUAUCCGGUGGAAAUGGCCAUGCUUGCGAGAAUACUCCGCACAAUUGUCGCAACGCAAUACUCGCCUAGCCGAUCGCUACCCAGCCAAGAGACUCGAAAUGUCCUGCGUCGGCAGCUGAUUAAAUGGGAGUCGAGUAUCCCGGCGGAGCUGAGGCAGGAUAGUGCGGCGACUCCGCGGGCAAAAUUUCUCACGGGACUGAUGCAUAUGACUUACAAUAACCUGUAUAUCCUCCUUUACCGGCCACUUUUCCUCCACUCUGCGGAGAAAGGCACGGGUGGAGAGGGCCAGAUUGCUGUCGACGCCGCCACGCGAAGCACGAGGAUCGUCGAGGACAUGCUGUCGCACAACCUCGUGCAGCACGGGCCGACUCAUUUAAUCACGCACGUAUUCUCUAUAUUGUGCAUCCACACCCUCCAGUUCAGGAGAGAGACAGGGACUGGCCGCAAACUAGCCGAACACCGCGCAAGACUCUGUCUGUUGGGUCUGCAGGAGCUACAAAAGUCGUGGGAUUUGGAGAAUUGGGUCCUUGAGCUCUUCUUUCGGUGUCUAGACAAUAGCACGGCCCGCACUCUGCGGUUGAUGGACUGCAGCAAGCCUGCAGCCAUUGCCACACCUGGUGAGGACGGGGUUAGUGGCAAUAACAGGGGCAAUGUGCCGUUGGACAUGAGUCUUGAGGAGAUUGUGGCUGUAUCACCUGGUCUGCAGGCUGAUGCAUCAUACCCGAUUCAACUGUCACUAAAUCUGCCGAACGAAGAUGAUUUCGUGCAGGACGACGGGGACGGGUUGUACAAUGUCAGCGCGAGCUAUGCAGAUCAUAUGUGGCCUCCAUCCCAGGAUUCGACGAUUACUCUAGAGAAUCUCGAGUAUCUGUACCGAUUCCUCUAG